GAGCACGACUGAGAAAACCAGGAGAAUAACAAUAAGCAAACUAGGAAAACUUUGACUGAGACUGUGGCAAGACAAGACAGAGCAAAUAAGUAACGAUAUAAUAGCUGAGCCGCAGCUACAUCCAGGUAAGUCUGAGCAGGCUAUGCAACGGUCAGACACACGACAAGAGAUACAGAUGGGUAAUAAAGGGAAUAUUAAUGAGCGGGGAAUGGGCUACAGGUGCGGUGGCAAUAAUGGGAAUGAGAACGCUAAAUGAGUAAAUAAUUAAACAGACGUGCGAGUGCUGAGUGGAAAAUCACCCGUGCAAGGAGAACCUCUCGAAGACACAAGGGCUGGGAAAGUGACGCAGACACUGAGCACGUGGCUAGCCGGCGACUCCCCACGUGCUCGACAAUAACACCACAACCCACGUGCAAAUCGAAACCCCGACCCGACCAGGACCAUGACACGGUCUCUUCCUUUUAAAGCCAAAGUGGAUGCAGAGAACAUUUUAAGGGUGCUAUAUGCGGAGGAAACUGUGCCUCGCUCUCACGCUUUUUCUGAGAUUCUUGUGUUGUUUCCUGGGCACAAAUCUAUCAAAGAGGAGUUUCACAGGACUGCAGCAUAAACAGAAGCCAUGACUGAAAUUGCAAAGGUACAUCGUAGCCUUACCACAGCUGAGGACAUGAGAAAACAAACCAAACUUCAAAUGCAGCCCUAUGCCAACUGGGAAGAGUAUCUGACUCCGGCACCACUUUCAAUAGCCAUCCUGGGAGAGCUGGUUUACAUAUCAUCCUCAGACGAUUUCUCUCUCAAUAAAAAUCCUCCUGUAGGUGGCUACAAAUACAUUAAAUACCCUGAUUCCUUUCGUGCUUGCCUCAUGCAAGUGUGUAACUCUGGUUGGAGGGCAUUUAAUGAGGCCCAUAAGAGCAUGGAUCAGAUUCGCCUUCACACAUACCAAGUUCCACAAUACAUGAAAAAUGUUGUCAAGAUUCUAUUCGAAGGCACUGAUGAAGUUGUCCAAGCUUGUCUUCCUGGUCACCUGGAAAAUAUCAGUAACAUUGCAGAUGAAUGUGUGCGGUUGUCUGGAGAAACUGAAAAGCAAUUCACUUAUGUCAUCAACAUCAUCCAAGAGCUGCUAGAAGCCUGUGUUAAUGCAAAGCAGUUUUAUGGGGAGGAGUGGAAAGAACUCAUGCAGAAACAAGAAGAGGCCAAACUGAGAGAGAAGUCAGCGCAAGAAGCCAAUACAAGGACACAGACGGCAAUGAUUAAGUUGGAGAAGGAACUGGAGCAGGCUCAACACAACUACCAAAAAGCUAUGGAUUCUCUCCCAACAGGAUGGGAAAUGAUUGGUAUGGAUUUUGUGAAAGCGAUUACACAGAGCAUUACAUGCCUGGUUGAUGGAGUGACGUGUGCUGUUAGUAACCGAGUAAGCAAGAAGUAUUCUUAUACUGACACUGUAAGCCAACAUGAAGAUGAGGGAAGAGAUCAGAUUGGUGAAAUAACUGCAUAUAGCAAGUCAUUUGAAAUAUUAACUUACCUUCAGACUAUCAAGAAAGAAAUGCGUGUGAACAAUAAGGAUGAUGAAAUUGCUUGGACAAAUCUGUAUGAUCAGAAGAAAGAAGCCACAAAAAGUGAUCACAUAGAAGAACAGCUUAAAAGAAUCAGUGAUGGUUUAGAGAAAAACACUGACUGCACAGCAAAGACUCAAGCUCAGGAUUUAUGCAAAAAGGGAAUUGAAAUAUGCCAAAGUUUGGCAAAGUUUGCACCAGAUGGCAAAUGUGACGAAGACAACAGCAAAAAAAUUAUAGGUGAUGUCUUGGAUCUUAUUAACUCAGCAGUUCAGUUUGAUUGCAAAAGCAAAGACAACACAAAAUCUCCAGCCAUUUCUGCAAAGCCGCCAAUGAUGUCUAAAGAAGAAAACAAGUCAGGGAGCUUUUCACAGAUGGUGGCAGAAAAUGCACGACUUCAAAUAGAGCAGACCCGAGCUCAGAUGAACAAGACAAGAGAGAGCUAUGAGAAGUGUGUGGAGAACCUAGAGAUUAACCAGAAAGAACUCACUGAAAUCCUGGUCACUAUGAGAAAUUGUGAUCUGAAAACUAUCGACUUCAAAACUACCAUAAACAUGCUGGUCAAAGGAAUGGAGGCCAUGGGGAGAGUGAAGGUGCAGUGGGAGAAGAUGGUUCACUUCUUUCAGAUGGUUUCCAACCUAGUGAAAACCAGCCUGAGCACAACUCUCAAAAACGUUGUCAGAGACGCUGAGAACAUACAAAAUCUCUCUUACAAUGCAAAGCUCUUCUCAAAAGAUAUGCUGUACACCCAAGCCUUCCAAGCCUGUAACAUUGCUAGCCUAGUCAACAUGAUUUCUGAUACAUACGUGGAUGUUUCCAACAAGUACCUCAUGGACCGUAUCAGCUCACUGGGCAAACUAAUGACCAUGGAUAUAAACAACCCAGAAUUUAUGAAAGAGAUAAAUGAGCUCCGAGACGCCUGUGAUGAUGCACAGGGUGGCAUUAAAAACCUUGUGCUAAAAAACAAAAAAGAUUUUGACAAGAAAAGCAAGGCAAGAUUUGAAAAUAUUAAUAGACAGCUGCAUCCCAUUUUGCCUGAUGCUCUUCCAGAGGAUAUCAAGAGCAUUAAAGCUGCAGUUGAAGCUGGAUUCAGUGAAGCAGACGAAGAUCAGUACUGCUGAGUUAAG